AUGCUUCUCAGACUUUCGGGGCCGGCAAGACCGCCCACCUGGAAGAGAAACACUGAGGCGGAGAAGGGGCGGGCGGCCACGCAGCACCCUCGGCCCCGGAGCGAACCGCCCUGCUCGGGCACGGGAACCCACCUGGCGCGCCGGGCCGCGGGGGCUCCUGGGCGGGGCCACGGGCCUCGGGACCGCCGGACAAGGCCGGCCAGCGACCCCCAUCUCGCGUUCCUCCGCCCUCCCUCAUCACCGCCCGCAGCUCCUCCCGCUCGGGCCGAGGAGAACCGGGAGCGCAGAGUCUGGGAGCCCCAAACCCACAGCCAGGCCGCGGGCCCCUACAUCAACGCCAUCUCCAGCCCGAGACACAUCAAGGUCAACAAGGAGGGGAUCGCAACAUUUGACCUGGAGCUGGAUCUCGAUUCUGAGAACAAUCUUUACCUGUAUAAGGAUGGCGAGACGGCCCCCUGUGGCUUUGACAACCAGACCAAGCACUGCCUGCAGCAUCUGGGGAAGCACUACCAGUUCCAGAUCCGAGACCUGUGGCCGGAGGACGCUGCCAUUUACCGGGUCAGGGUGCCGGAUGCCGACGUCUCCUGCAUGGAGCUGGAGGCCAGCACCGUCCUGCCCCAGGUGGUGGUCCUGCUGGCCUGUGCCCACUGCGGAGAGCAGGGCGAUGCGAUCCUCGAGGGCACUCUCUCUGGCCCCUGCCCCAGCGCCACUUGGCAUUGCCGGCACCGGCCGCUCCGGCUGAGUGACAGAUACGAGGUGUUCGUGUCCAGUGAUGGGCUGACCCACCAGCUUCUGGCGAGAAGGGCCUGUUUCUCAGACAUGGGCCUCUACUCCCUCGGCACCAAGCUCCACGCCUGCAGCGCCUGGCUGGUGGUUGAAGCUGAGAAGGAUAAAAGCCUUCGGACCGCAAGCACCGACCACCAGCAGCAGGUACAAGGAGCCCAGAGCCCAGAAGAUUCCAGAAGCAUCUGUGGCGAGCGGGGGAGACCCAGAGAGCAGGACCCCACAGGGAGCUGCCUCCAGGGGGCCGGGCUGGCUUCUGGGCUCACAGCCGGCCCAGACAGAGGUGGCCUGGGUGGGCGCAGCUACACUUUGAUGGGGGACGAGGAGGCGGCCGACUCAGCCUGGGGCCCUGGACCGGAGGCAGGUGAUGGAGGCCCACGGGGGUCUGGGGAUGGCGGAAGGGGCUACACAACCAGCCCUGGAGGCCCAGGGGGUCCUGGGGGCUGGGAAAGGGGCCCACAGGGGCUCAGGGGAAGGGAGGGCCCGGAGACGGCAGGGACCUUCAGCGAGGCAGAGGAUGGCUCCAGCAGCCCCCAGGAUUCCCGAGCGUGGACAGCCGGGCAGAGGGGAACAGGAGAGGCGGGCAGAAUAGGGUCUGAGGGCCCAGGCCCUUGGGAUGACACACGGUCCAGUCCCAGAAAAUCCGGGGCCCACUGUGGGCCUGGAGUGCUGGGGUCUGGUCGGGGGCAAGGGGGUGAGGGGGGCACCCAGGUGGCUGGGCUGAUGGGUUCUGGUCAGGGAGUGGAUGCCAGAAGCCACAGGCUAAGAGGGCCUUUGGGCCCUGGUGGGACACUGGGAGACACGGAUGGGUUCAGAGGUGCAGGGGCCACGGGGUCUGAGCCAGAUUUCUGGGAUGGGCCACGGAGCUCCAGGGAGAAAGGACCUGGAGGUGAGAUGGGCCGCAGGGAUGGCGCGGGAGGCUCGGCGGCAACGGAGUCUAGAUUCGGUGAUGGCUUCGGGGCCCCCAGGGGAGCAGGCCUUGAAUACGGAGCUGGUUACAGUGAUGGUUCAGGGAGGCUGGGAGCCGGGGGGUCUGGUCGUGCUGGCGGUCGAGUCGCCUCUGAGGCCCCUGGGGGGACAGAGUCUGAGGCUGGCGGUGGUGACAGGCACGGCUCGGAGGUGCCUGGGGGGAUGUGGUCUGGAAACAGAGAUGGUUGUGGUCCUGCCAGAAGUGGGGCUGAGGGACUUGCUCGUCCCGAGGGUGGCUCAGGCGGGCCUGUCGGAGGGCCCGUGGGUGACGCCAGGAUGUGUGCAGAGGCCGGGGAGGCGUCCAGAGGCCAGGGGGGUGCUGGCCCUGUGGGAAGGCAUCAUCCUGGUGGCGGUCUGGGGAGUCUGGGGACAGCGGGGUCUGUGGGGCGAGGUGGCCUCGGGGCCUCUGCCACAGGGGCAGGACCAGGGGGCUCGGGGAGAAUAGGGCCUUGGGUUCAGACUGGGGAUUACGGGGGCUUCAGAGCCCCGGGGUCUCUGGGGGCUUCUGGAGAAGGAAGCCAUGAAGAUGGCUCUGGGGCUUCAGGGUCUCUGAGGGCAGCGGGCAAAGUGCGAGAUGCGGACGGAGCCAGGGGCCUUGGUGCCAGGGGCUCUGGAGACGGACCUAGUUCUGGGGGUGCUACCCAGGGCCCCCCGGCACGAGCUCCUCAUGCAGGGCCGGCCUCUGAGAGCCGGGGCGCUGAUGAAUCUGGUGAAGCGCUGGGCCCUGGGCAUGGAUCACGAGCUGCAGGGCCUCUGCCCGCUGGAAGCACAUCAGCCUACGGAGGGGCGUCGCGGGGUCUCGAGCCUGGGGGCAUGGAGCCAAGGGGUGCGGCAGGCUUUACAGGUGGUUCAGGAGGCCUUGGAGGGACGGGGUCAGGCGCUAAGGCUGGUUAUAGGGGCGAGUCAGGGGGUUCUGGGGAGAUAGGGUCAGGCGCUAAGGCUGGUUAUAGGGACGACUCAGGGGGUUCUGGGGAAAUGGGGUCAGGCGCUAAGGCUGGUAACAAGGAUGACUCAGGGGGUUCUGGAGGAACUGGCUCAGGGGGUGAGGCAGGUUACAGGGACGGUUUGAGGGGUACUAAGGGAAUGGAGUCAGGGAGUGAGGUAGGGUGUAGGGGAACCUCAGGGGGUUCUGGGGAGAUGGGGCCAGGGGCUGAGAUGCGCUGCAGAGAUGCUUCAGGGAGGUUUGGAGGAACAGUCUCACCACCUGGAACGGGAGGUGAGGGUGGACCCAGAAGCCAGGAAGCCAUGGCACAUGGGUCAGUAUACUGGGCACCCCCAGAGGGGUCUUACGGUGGCACAAGUCCCAAGGAUGGUCCGGAGAGGGGCAGAGGGACGGGGCUCGUGGGAGGGGCAGGUGCUGGGCUGGGCUCCGGGAUGGCCACGAGGCCUGGCACCGCAGACAGUACAGCACACGGGGACGGGCCCAGGGGCCCAGGGCUGCUGGGGACCCACGGAGGCCCUCAGAUGCUUUCAGAUGGGCAAGGCUCCAAGAGUGGUUUGGGGGUCUCUGGACCCCCAGGCACCCCUGAGGCAUGGGGGGCUGUUGGCUCGGAGGGAGAGUCGGGCAUCAGAGGAUGGCAAGGUAGCUCUGGGCUCCCAGAGUCCCCUGGGCACAGAGGGGCUCCCAGUGGGGAGGGAGGGUCUGCAGGCCACGCAGCAGGUGUGGGCGCUUCUGGGAUUCCUGACGGUCGGGGGGCAGCGCAGGAUGACACCUGGGCAGGGACAGCUGCUUGGGAAUCCAGACGUGACCAGGCCUUCUGGGAAGCAGGUCCAGGGGCAGCAGACAGGGGUCCAGCGGCUGGCCAGGGGGCAUUGGCACCUCAGGGCUCCGGGGCUGCACAGCUGGGUGGUGGGAGGAUGGGGGCAGGGUUGGGGGGCUCAGCAGGUACAGGCCAGGGGCUGGACAGCAGCCGGAUGGCCGGGGAAAGGGGCAGAUCCAUGUCAGCGUCCGCCAGUGGGCACCUAGAAAGCCAUGCUUGGGGCCCAGGCUGGGAAGACCAGGGGUCUGGCCAAGACAGCACAGGUGCCAGGGACCGGCCCCCAGGCUCCAGGGCUUCAAGCUCCCUUCAGGAGGAAGAUGCCACUUUUGGGGGGACCCAUGAAGGGCCACAAGCCUCCUGGGGCUUGGAGGGGGCUCCAGGCAGAGAGGAGGCUGGUGGGGGGCAAAGCCCAGGGUUCCCGGAUGGCAAAGCUUCAGGUCUUGGAAGAAGCAGGGCUAGCGGCCCAGGGGACUCAGGUGUCCCGGGUAAGGGGACUUCUGCUGGGAGGGAGAAUGGCUCCACCCAAAGGCCUGGGGAUUUGGGACGUCAGGGAGCCUGGGAGGGCCCAGAUGGUCCCUUUGGCAGAAAAGGCUCUGGAGACAGGUCACAGGGGACCCAGGGCCCCGGCUCUCAGCUGGGCACAGGACAGAGGGGAGGAAGGGGCUUCCUGAGGGAGCAGGGGUCCCUGGAGGCUAAGGAUGAUAGGGUUCGACGUCCAGGGGCCCUAAAGGAGUACGAGAGCCGGGCAGCCAAAGAGUCCGGCAGGUCAGAAAGGAGGCUUGGUCCGUUCAGGAGCAGGACUCAGACGUGGUCCAGGGUCGAGGUUGGAGCAGCAAAGAGAUGGGGAGCACAUAAGGCCAGAGACGCGGGGCAACCGCCUGGGGGAGAGGAUGGGGGGUGCCCAGGGAAGGCCCCCAGCCGUCCGGGCAGCAGGAAAGCCGGCAAAGAGGGCGGGUCAGACGUCCGCGGCGAGAGGACAGACGCCAGCCGGAGUCCCGGAUCCAGACACAAGCCUGGCGCUGGCGGUUUCUCCGAGGAGGCGCGGGGCCCUACAGGCCACUUCUCCCAGGGCCUGGCUGACCUGGAGGUGCAGCGCGGGGAGGCUGCCGUGCUCUCCUGCACCCUCACCAGCGACCUGGGACCCGGAGCCUGGUUUAAGGAUGGAGUCAAGCUCAGCGCCCAGGACGGAGUCGCCUUCGAGCAAGACGGGCUGGAGCACAGGCUCCUCAUUGCCCACGUGGAGGGGACCCAGGCUGGGAGGUACAGCUUUGGAGCCGGCGACCAGCAGAGUGAGGCCACGCUGACCGUCCACGAGCCCCCGGUCAUCGCUCCCGACAUGAUGGCGAGGCUGAGGGAGCCGCUGGUGGUCAAGGCGGGGGAGCCAGUGACCAUGAAGGUCGCCUUCCGGAGCUGCCUCCCGGUCCAGGCCACCUGGAGCAAGGACGGGGCUGAGGUGGCCGGCGGCGACGGCAGAGGGGCCCAGGUGGCAGUGGGGGACAGCUCCACGUGGCUGUGCCUCCCCAGUGCCAGCAGGAAGGACUGCGGCCAGUACAGCGUGGCUCUGAGAAGCAAGGGCGGCUCCGUGCAGGCCGAGCUCACCCUGCAAGUCCUAGACAAGCCUCAGCCCCCACAGGGCCCCCUGGAGGUGCAGGACGGCCACGGGGCUGGCGUCUGCCUGUGCUGGCGGCCCCCAACGGACGACGGGGGCCAGGCCCUGCAGCACUAUGUGGUAGAGAGGCGGCGGGCUGGCCUCAGCACUUGGCUGAAGGUGGGCGAGGCCCCCGCGGACAGCACCACAUUCACAGAUGCCGAGGCGGAACAGGGCAAGAAGUAUAGCUUCCGCGUGCGGGCCGUGACCGCGGAGGGGCCUGGGGAGGCCCUGGAGUCCGACGACGUGCUGGUGGCUCCCGAGGUUCUGCCCGGGCCCCCUCCCCCACCAGCCAUCCUGUCAGCCUCCAGCCAAAGCGUCACUCUGUCAUGGACGGCACCUCAGGGCCCGGGCAGUGCCCACAUCCUGGGCUACCUGAUAGAGAAGCGCAAGAAGGGAAGGAACACCUGGGUGGCAGUGAACCAGCAGCCGGUGCCUGAGAAGAAAAAGUGGGCGGUGCUGGACCUGAGGCAGGGCUGUCAGUACGAGUUCCGGGUCACAGCCGUGGCCCCCUCUGGCCCCGGGGAGCCUGGGCCCCCAUCGGAUGCCGUCUUUGCUCAGGACCCCAUGAGACCCCCCGGGCCCGUGAGGGAUCUCCAUGUCACGGACACGUUGCACGCCAGCAUCACCCUGAGCUGGGCCCAACCGGACCCCCAGGACGGGGACGAAGCGCUGGGCUACGUGGUAGAGCUGGGCGACUCAGCCAGCCUGCAGUGGAGUCCGUGCCACGCAGGCACCGUGCCGGGCACUACCUACACUAUCAAGGGGCUGCGGCCUCGGGAGGGCUACUUUGUGCGGGUGACAGCCGUGAAUGACGGGGGCCGAGGCCCGCCCACUGCCCUGGACACAGUGGUGCAAGCCAUGCCCGUCAGUGUCUGUCCCAAGUUCCUCAUGGACGCCAGCACGAAGGACUCGCUGACGGUCAGAGCUGGGGACACAGUUCGUGUGCCUGUCCACUUUGAGGCCGCCUCCAUGCCGGAUGUGACCUGGCUAAAGGAUGGCUUGCCCUUGCCUAAAAGAAGUGUGACCUCCGUCAAGGAUGGCCUCACCCAGCUCCUGGUCCCCGUGGCCAGCCUCGCUGACAGCGGCCUCUACACUGUGGUGCUGAGGAGUCCGCGGGGGGAGGAGGCCACCUAUAGCUUCCGCCUCAGGGUGGCAGCGCGCCCACGGGCCCCGGGGCCCAUCCUCCUGCGGGAGGGCACGCUGGGCUCGGUGACCGUCGAGUGGGUGCCGUCCCCGGACGAGGCCGACGGGAGGGCCGCCCCGCUGCACUACACGGUGCUGACGCGCUCCUCCCCGCACGCGCCCUGGCGCCCCGAGGCCGAGCGUCUGCACACCUGCCGCUUCACGCUGGUGGGCGUCCUCCCGGGCCACGAGUACCACUUCCGCGUGGUGGCCAAGAACGAGCUGGGCGCCAGCGAGCCCUCGGACACGCGCCAGCCCUGGGUCGUCCCGCGGCAGCCGCCAGACAGGGUCACGGUGAAGGCUCCCAGCUACCAGGAGCCCGACCUGAGACAGAAGCCCCGCUUCCUGGUGGGCCUGCGGACCCACCUGCUGCCCCUGGGCUCUGAGUGCUGCAUGACCUGCGCCGUGCAGGGCUGGCCACGGCCCCGUGUCACCUGGUUCAAGAACGACCAGAGCCUGGCAGGCGACCCCGCCGUGUACAGCACCGACCUGCUGGGCGUGUGCUCCCUGGUCAUCCCCAGCGUCUCGGCCGAGGACGGUGGCAAGUACAAGGCGGUGGCCGAGAACACACUGGGCCAGGCCGUCAGCACCGCCACCCUCAUCGUCGUGGAGGGCCGUGACCUGGGCAUCCUUGAGCAGGAACUGACCCAGCUUCGGGUGGCACUGGCCGGAGAAGCCAUGGGGCUGACCAAGCGGCUGGACCAGGCCCAGGCAUCAGGCUCCCACCUAGAGUGUCCUGUCGGGUCCCUGGCCACCAGCCUCUGGGAGAUGCUCCAGCCCCUGGGGAGAGUGGGAGGCCCAGAAGGUCGGCUGGAGCGAAGACUGGGCAUCAUGGUCCAGCGAACGAACCUGAGGCCCGGCCCCCAGCCCAUGGAGAUUGUCCGGUGUGACGUCCUCUGGGGUCAGACAAGGCCCAGAGAGCGAAAGCACGUUGCCCAGAGCCGCACAGGAGGGCCUGUCCUGGGACUGAGGCUGCAGACUCCGGGGGCUCCGCACCCCGAGAAGCUCUGGGUGUCCCGCAGGCUUGUGGGCCCAUGGACAACCUGCCAGCUCCGGGCCGGCCGUGGAGGGGAUGCGCCUGGCCUCGCCCAGGGAGCUGCCGCCCCGCCCCGGGAGCCUCCUCUUCCAGAGCCAGGCAAGGCUGCCCGGCCUCACCUGGAGGCCAGGCCCAGGGUGCGGGCUCCGGACUCCCAGGAAGAGUGCACUGCGCACGCGCAAGGCCUUUCCCCGCCCCCAGGCCUGAGGAGGCUCGUGGGGUGGGGCUGGCGUGGCAGCCGCAGCGAGAGCCUGGCGGAGGCAGCAGUCAGCCCCCGCCUGCGUCCUGGGGAGGCCUCCGAGCUGGAGCGUGGCCUGGGCGGGACAGAUUCUGGCCUAGCAGCAAAGCUCUUCAUCCGGGACCACACGUUUGCCUUCCACUGUUCUGCGGUGCCCAGCGUUCCCUGGGUCCUAAAAGGCCUCAGGGGGGCCGGGAGCCUCUCUGCGGCCUCUCAGGACCCUCCGGGGAAAAUGACCCUGGACGACAGGGCUGCCGGCACCCACACCUAG